CCUCUCACAGCUGCGAUGAAUGAGGGGAUGCGUCAAGCGCGCUAUAAAAGCGCGCGCGGAUUGCUGCGGCUCCAAGCUUCAGUGAACAGCUCCGUGGUACUGAACACAGACAUCAAUGCGAGUGGAACCAUGGAUCGACUCCCGUGGAAAGUUUUUCUCCUUUGUUGCCUGGCCACCGCGGAGAGCUCCGCGCAAGACUUGGGACAGACGCAGUUUAUUUGCACGUCGGUGCCCAAGGAUAUGGACUUGUGUGCGGCCACCAUGCAGAACAGUGGGCCGGGGGAGGACCUGAAGACGACUGUCAUGCAGCUGCGGGAGACCGUGCUGCAGCAAAAGGAGACCAUUAUGAACCAGAAGGAGACAAUCAGGGAACUAACGUCCAAGUUGAGUCGCUGUGAGAGUCAGAGCUUCCCGGCCGCGGCGGGACCCGGAGGGAGGCGGCCGGGCGCCAAGAACACGAUGGGGGAUAUUUCACGGGGCACCGCAGAGACCCUGGCCCAGCUGGGACACACUUUACAGACUCUGAAACAGAGACUGGAGAACCUUGAGCAAUACAGCCGAGGGAAUAACACCGUGCAGGCGAACAGUCUGAAGGAUCUGCUUCAAAACAAGAUAGAUGACAUGGAGAAGCAAGUUCUGUCUCGGGUCAACACAUUAGAAGAAGCCAAAAGUGGUUCCAGAAAUGACAGCGACCAACGGAACCGAGUGGAGUCCACGCUCACUUCUCUGCACCACCGCAUCACAGACUUAGAGAAAGGCAAAGAAAACAGACCCGCGGAUAAGUUCCAGCUGACAUUCCCGUUGAGAACCAACUACAUGUACGCCAAAGCCAAGAGGAGUCUGCCCGAGAUGUACUCCUUCACCGUGUGUCUGUGGAUCAAGUCCAACGCCUCACCAGGGGUGGGGACACCCUUUUCUUACGCUGUCCCGGGUCAGGCCAACGAGCUGGUGCUGAUUGAAUGGGGAAACAACCCAAUGGAGAUUCUCAUUAAUGACAAGGUUGCAAAGCUGCCCUUCCUCAUCAAUGACGGCAAAUGGCAUCACUUGUGCAUCACGUGGACCACCCGAGACGGGAUGUGGGAGGCCUUUCAGGAUGGUGUGAUGAGGGGCAACGGUGAAAAUUUGGCACCCUAUCACCCCAUCAAACCUGAGGGGGUGCUCGUCUUGGGACAGGAGCAGGAUACACUCGGAGGAGGCUUUGAUGCAACACAAGCCUUCGUAGGCGAGCUGGCAAACCUAAACAUCUGGAAUAGGAAACUGUCCAUCACUGAAAUCUACAACUUGGCAACCUGCAACAGUAAAGCAACGGCCGGCAAUGUGCUCUCUUGGACGGAGAGCAACAUUGAAAUAUUUGGAGGAGCAACUAAAUGGUCCUUUGAGCCUUGUCGUUCAGCCAACUGAACUGAAUUGAAGCCAUGGAAAUAAGGCCUCUGUGUAUUUCUGAGUUUAUGUUGCUCUCGUCUUCAUUUGAUGUUUGUUAGAGGCCAUUUGAUCUUGACUUUAGUUGUAAGCUUCAAGCUGGGAUUUCUGCCAUUCCCAAGUAUUUAUAUGCUGAAGAACAGUUUUCAUCCUGGGGGAGGGGAGGGGGGUUCAUUCUGGGAAACCUCAGGUUGUUUUUUUCCGAGGGGUUCAGUUGAAAGCAGAACUUAAUUUUUUCGGUUUGGCUUCUUUUGUCUGGAACGAGCAUCUGGCAACCGUGUGUGGACAAGUCACCAUCCAAGCAAGGAAUUACGUAACAUUUCCCACCUGUUUCUGAGAGGAACCCUUGUCAAUUCUUGUCAGUAGUUGACGCUGUGACAAGAUGUUGAGGCUUUUUUCCUCUACCCUCUCCUCCUCCUCCUCCUGCUCCUCCUUCCUCUUCCUCCAAGGCCCCUCCGGAACUUCCACUGUGACUGACAAAGAGAACGGAAGGAGCAGAGGACCCAGACUGUGGUACAAGUCAGUUUGUAUGUGUCGUUCGCUUCAAGUGUUUCUGUAAGAAUAUCGCCGACUUGCCAACAUUGUUACAAAGCCUGGGUGCCUUGGGCUGGUACAAAUAUUCAGCGCACACAAUGUUUUAAGUUGCAAAUUCAGUGUUAUUUCAUUUGGAUUUUCUCUUUCUUGACUCUGGUUCAAUUUAUUGUUUGGGAUUGUUAUCCAUCACGUGUUUUGGCAGGUGUUUGUACUGCUCUGUAUUAGGAAUGUUACAGUAUCUGUAUAGUAACAGCAUGAAUGACGGAGUGCUGUGAAAGCAAUGUUGAAAUCUGCUUUAUUAUAUUUGGGUGUGGGUUUUUUACUGCAUUGUUAUAUGCUCCAAGCAUGGCAAACCUGAGAGAUGAAUAAUUUAAUUUUUGUAAUAAAAUUGUGAUACUUAAUGUCGCAGUGCAGUUCUGGUGCUUUUUCUUGUGUGUGGUAACCCUAUCUGCAAUGGGACAACAAGCAAACUGACAACAUUAUUGUUGCUCUACCCAAGCUUUUUUUUUUUUAUAGACUUCUAUAUUACAUUCUUUUGGUGGGCAUAUAGAGUAUUUUGUAUUUGGCUAAACUAUUUCAUGUAAGGGGGGGGUGUAGGCAUUAAACUACAAGGCAAAUAAGCAAUAUAUAAAAGAGCAAGGAUAAGUAUGAUAGAUAGAGGACACGAGUUGCAUUAAUGCAUAAGAAUCACAAGGGUACAAAUGUGUUUUCAUUUUCAGAACUUUACUAUGUGAUUUUUGCUCCUGAGCGUAGAGCAUCAAAAGAUCAGGGCUGUAAACUUCAUCUUCAUUUCCACACCCAAUUGCAAGCCGACAAGUAUGAGGCGGGAGCGUUGUCUUGUUUUAGUAUAAUUUAUGUGGCGCAUAGAAUUGAAUGUUCUGUUUUUUUUUUUUUUUUUAGAAACUUUGCCUUUCUUGGAUUUUUACAUUGUUUGCCUUUCGGGGUUCAAAUAGCUCAAUAAAUCUUGAUGCCAGAUGCUGCACA